AUGAGUCAAGAACAGAAACUCAUCCAGCCAGAGACUAGCCUGGUAAAGUAUCGAAACCCUCAACGCAUCGCCAAGAAGACAGAGGAUGACAAGCCCACUGAGGGAUUUGAUCCACGGGCUGCAUGCAGAAUGCAGUCCACGGAGAGCAUCUUAUCGAGUAUUAUGCCACCCCGGCGGAUAAAGAUCAAGGAUGAAAUAUUCAUUCAAGAGGUGUCGUCUUCACCCGCCUCCAGGAUUGAAGUUGUACAGCUAACACGACUCCUUGAUCAACAGCUUGAAGCACGGGGUGCCAAAAUGACUGGUAUUUGCCCAGUUAGGCGGGAGUUAUUUUCGCAGGUAUGGUACUAG